AUGAAGUGGUCGGAGGGAGGGGAGAUGUCAAAGGUGGGUCAUCCGAGACGAAGCCGACGUCACGCCAAUCACUAUACAGACCAACUUCUGGGCGACCGUCGGGUGGAAUGGGCUGAACAACAAAUCGCUAGAAUCCGAACGAAGAGAGACUUUAUCUCAUUUGACUCGCAAUGGCUUAAAUUCUUGCGUUCGAGCGAUGAUCCCCUGGAAAGGGGCAAAAAGUAUCCCUUUCCUCACGAGGACCACACUUUCAAUGACCAACUUUGGAGCCGUCAGUGGUAUCUUCACGACACACGCAAUGUGCCAACGCUUCCCGAACUAGAUCUUGGAGUCAAAGAGGACCAAAAAGCCAGUUGUGAUACCAAUGAUAACGAUUGGGAUCCAACUCCGAAUUACGAUCGACUGGACUCUAAUAGUCACGGAACCCGAUGUGCCGGUGAAAUAGCAAUGACUGCUAAUAACCAUAAAUGUGGAGUUGGGAUAGCAUUCAACGCUAGGAUCGGCGGAAUUCGGUGUUUGGACGGAGACGUGUCAGAUGUGGUCGAAGCCCUGUCCUUAGGGUUUAAUAACCAUUACAUUGAUAUUUACAGUUCAAGUUGGGGACCAAAUGACGAUGGGAUGUCACUCGACGGUCCCAAACGAUUUGCAACCGAAGCUCUAUUGAGAGGUAUAACAUAUGGACGAAGAGGAUUGGGCUGUAUAUUCGUAUGGGCUUCUGGUAAUGGAGGAAUAAAAGGAGAUAAUUGCAAUUGCGAUGGAUAUGUGAGCUCUAUAUACACGAUCUCGAUUGGGAGCGCGAGUCAGUCGGGAGCGUUUCCCUGGUAUAGUGAGAGAUGUGCCUCAACACUGGCCGUCACUUAUUCGAGCGGCACGUAUACCGACCAGAAGAUCGCGACAACCGAUUUGCACGACAAGUGCACAAUCGACCACUCGGGCACUUCGGCCGCCGCCCCGUUGGCCGCCGGGAUGAUAGCCCUCGUCCUCGAAGCUAAUCCAAACAUCACGUGGAGAGAUGUCCAGCACCUGAUUGUCUGCACCGCACAAUUCACACCACUUAUCGANCAAUUCAUUUAUGGUUAA